AUGACUGUACUAAGAUCUCUCAUAGUUAUAUUUACUGCUUCAAGGAUUAAUUGUUUUUUAAUAUUUAUACUCCUCGGAUACUUAGCUCACGAGUUAAAAUGGAACGAUACUUGGGUUUUCAUUCUGAAUUUUUUGGCUAUGAUUCCAUUUGCCAAAUUAUUCGAAUUUGCAAUCGAGGAUAUUAGUUCUCAAGUCGAUAAGAAAUUAGGCUCUUUGUUAAGGGUUAUUUUUGGCAACUCAGUAGAAUUGAUUUUCUUUAUGGUAGCGCUUAAAGCUGGAAAAUUACAAAUUAUUCAUUCUUUAAUACUUGGUUCUAUUAUAUUAAAUUUACUAUUAGUAUCUGGAAUGCGUUUUGAUACAAAGACGAUACGAAAAUUUAAAGAGUUGAGUUUUAUAGAUUUAGCAUGUAGUAGUUUAAUUAUUCCAGUUGCUUUUAACUUUGUUGUUGGAAGUAUUGACGAUCAAUUUUUAAAGUUAUCUCAUGUGAUGGCAACAGUAUUAUUAAUAUUUGGAAUUCUUUACCAUUAUUACCAGGUUAGUAAAUGA